GUUUUUGUCAUUUGUGUUUUCUCACUUAUAAAUUAAGUUUAAUUGGCCAAUAACACUCAGUUAAACUAAGUAACUUUACUGUUUACAGUGUACAAUACAACUCUGCGCAGUUAUGAAUGCAUAUGGCAACACCUGCGAAAUAAAAACAAACAAAAACAAUUUCAAAUUAAUGUUAAAUUUUUGUAAUUCUAGUGAAUAAAUAAACAAAAUUCCUCCUAGAAUAAUGUAUUGUCCUCUGGGUAAUCAUAUUUUACGUGGUCAAGGCGAAUUCAUAACAAAUCCCCGUCAUAUACGUUUUAUCAACAAAUUGUUUCCCGAUUUUUUGGCAUCGGAAAAAGUUUGUGCAAAAUGUAAACAAGACAUUGCAAAUGCCUAUGAAUAUAAAAUAAAAAAGGCAUUAUCAUUAAGGGCUCAAAAUGGUUCAUUAAUUAGUUCCUAUAGUACGGAAGAUUCUAUUGUAGUAGACGAUCGUAAUAAUGAAAAAAGUGCCAACGUAGGAGAUAUUCAAAGAGAUUUGUUAGCAUUAUCAAGUUCAUCAACAACGGACGAUGAUGGUCAACCGACUACAAGUGCCCAAGCAGCGGCUAAACGCCAACGAAAAGAAGAACAAAAGAAACGAAAGCAACAGCAAAAUUUAUUGGCUAUAAAUGUUCAAAGAGGUGCUCGUUUACCACAUAUUCAGCCUGUUGCCAGGCGUCAACAAUUUAUUCAUGCUAAUCCAGAUAUAAUGGAUAUUUACUUAAGGGGUACGACAGGGGGUUAACUUGAGCGGUUAGUCUGGCGUUACAAUUUGAAGUUUUUUCUUAAAGACUUAUUCAUAUUAAUUUAUAUCUUGAAAUUGUAAUUUUUGUUGCGUUUAAUGAAAGCGUAAUAAUUGUUAGCAAUUGGCUUAAAUUUUUGUAUUUCUAGUUUAGUUUUGUCAGGUUAUUUUUCAUAGAAUAAUAUAAAUUUUAAAUGGACACAAACGAAUGUUCAGCUGAGAACAUGUUUUUUUGCUGAGAACAUUGUUAAGUCAAAUAUAGAGAAUAGGAUUUAUUUAGUAAAGUUUACACUUAUCAAAUAUUUGACGAAAAUGACGCCUAGGCCUCAGCGAGACCCUAAUAACAUUGAUGUAAUAUACAUGAUGUAUUUUAAAAUCUACUUUUGGAUUAAAAAUGGAACUCUAUUGCCAAAAAGCUCUGAAUUCAAAAUUGUUCAACAUGUUAUUUCGAUCGCAUUUCUUAAAAUAGACCAUAACAAGGAAUAUUAUGAGUAGCAUACCCAUAAUAUUUUCCGUUCAAUGUUGUCCGUUUCUAAGCUGGAACGUUUUUAAGGAAAUGUCCUAAUACACGCUUUUUUUAAUCUUUACAUAACUUGUUUGCGAAAUCAUUGUUUUAAAACUUUGGGUUUCCUCUAGUCUGACCGGGACUAAAAAAUUUGUUACAGUCUACUGCCUGGCUUAAUCCUUGCACAGAUUGAAAAGAGGUCAAACUAGAGCACCGCAUAAUCUGGUACUACGGGUGGCCAGUUGCCCGUAGAACUUUGUCCUGACUACUCAGUUGGUUGAGGUUCCUUCGGGAUCCACGUAGUGUCUGUGGUUUAAACCCAAAUUCGCGAGAACAGUAAGUUGCGGUUAAAAGACUGAUGUAGGGUAAAGUCAAUACUUUGAGAUAAGUUUCCGAAAUAACAUAUAGCCCACAGAGAAGUGACUGUGGGACUGAGCGUGGAAAAUUAAUUGGUAUUAAUUGUAUAUGGUACGGGAUGAAUGUGAGGUACGGCGUGCUUCACCCCAUCCGUAUACCUAUAAUAAAUGUGUCGAAUAAAUGAGAUGUGUUCAUAUCAGAAUUACCACAGUGUGUCCCUGCGAGUUAGAAAAAACUCUUCGGCUUAUUUGAUGGAUUCGUACUUCGGU